UUAGUCUGCCCUGUGUUUAUUGUUAAGGUUGUGUGGAUUAGCACUGCGGUACCCAGUUCCUUUUCAUAAUAUCAACAAUAAAGCUUAAAGAUGAGUUAAAGAUGCUCGAGCUGUCCUGAGCUGUCCACUUGGGAUGACAGCAAGUGUUUCCAGUGGCUGACGGGGAAAGAAUUCAUGAAAGAAAACAUGAAUGAAGGAAAGGUGAAAGAAAAACCAUGAUCCUGCACCAAAACUGAUCCAGCUGCCAAGGAACUCCCUCAUCUGCUAACCAGCUUGCCCUGGUGAUGGCUAACUCAGUGGCCUUAGUGGUCCAAGCAGAACUGCUACCACCUCAGUCCACCGCCUCCCUGUCUCCUUUCCCAUCGCUUCUUGGUUCUGGAGAGGAUGGAGAGGAUGAUAGAGACAGAGCGGAGCUGGUGGAGGGAGACAAGGGAGUGGAAGGUGGAGAAGAGGUGGUUUUGGACAUGGUGACAUCGUCUGUGUCUGGCCCGCCCCAGCAGCCGGAGCAGUCGGACCAUCCCUUCCAGUGCAUGGACUGUGGGAAGAGCUUCAGGUGGUCGUCCAGGCUGACACACCACCAGCGGAGCCACAACAAUGAGAGACCGUACCGCUGCAACCUCUGUCCCAAGGCCUUCAAGGGCUCCUCCGCUCUGCUCUACCACCAACGGUCUCAUUCGGGGGAGAAGCCUUACAAAUGUCAGGAUUGUGGUAAAGCCUUCAAGCGCUCCUCUCUGCUUCAGGUCCAUCAGAGCGUCCACACUGGAGUGCGUACCUUCUUGUGCCCCUAUUGCCCUCUGACCUUUAAAUGGAGCUCUCAUUACCAGUAUCACCUGCGGCAGCAUACUGGAGAGUGUCCGUACCCCUGUGACACUUGCCCCAAGGCCUUCAAGAACUCUAGCAGUCUGCGGCGACACAAGAAUGUGCACCUGGGUCUGAAGCCUUACACCUGCUCAGUGUGCAACAAAUCCUUCACUCAGUCCACCAACCUGAGGCAGCACAUGAGGAUACACACAGGUGAGAGGCCCUACAUCUGCGGCGAGUGCGGGCGGAGCUUCACACACUCGUCAAACCUGGCCCUGCACAAGAACUCACACUCCAACCUCAAUGCAGGAGGGAAGGAGGGAAAGAGGGGAGAAGAUGCACGGAAGGGAAAUGAGAUCGUGGAGGUGGUGGUGGGCGCAGAGGAAGUGACAUCGUCCAUGUUGACGGACAUGGUGGGGUUUGUGAGCCAGGAGGGAAGCGAUGGAGUCGGGGUGGGGAUGGAGGAAGUGUUCUUGUCGACCGCCUCGUCCGGGCAGAAUCCGAGCCUCCUCCCCCAGCUCACCCUCACCUCCUCAGGGGAGGACGUGUGCGCGUCCAGGGCCAUCGGGACGGAGGUUCACCUGAGCACAGACACCGGGGCCAGCGUGCUGCUGUACAGCUGCGGCAGCUGCAGCCACACCUUUGGCACACGGACAGAGCUAGAGGAGCACCAGUCCAUCCACAUGGCUCCAGCAGGACACGGAGCCAGUGCAGAGGCGGGGCCCGGGGCGGGGAUGGAGGUUGGGGAUGGGCUGGUGGGAGCUGGUCACCUACUGGCUGAUUUUGAGGAGGUGGUGGAGACGACCACAGUGGCUGAAAAUGGACACACGACAGAGGUGCUCCUAGGACUGACGGAGGGAGCAGACGGCAGUAAUACAAAUGUGGGCACCACCCAGGCCCAGUUUGACCUGCUGCAGAGCUUCACCGAGGUGACUCAGAGCUCCGAGACCGUUCAGCCAGAGGCCAGAACCGCAUGGGCAGGGCUGUCGUGUGGCUACUGCAAUAAGACCUUCAAGACCAGUGGAGGACUCAAUAGACAUGUGUCGCUGAUGCACUCUCUCUCAUCCCAGUCCCGCUCCCAGUUCAGCUGCUCUGCCUGCGACCGCUCCUUCCCCCUUCUCUCCUCACUCCUCACCCACCAACACUCCCACACGCCCGAGCAACGUCUCCUGGCUGAGGCGGAGGCCGAGAUAGUGUGCCCUCCCUCCCUUUCCCUGUCGCUCCCCCUCCCCUCCUCUCCCAGCCAGGCUGACAAGCAGCAAGAAGGCCAGAGAGAGAUCCACGUCGAUAUCAUCACCGUCGGUGAGGAGCAGGAGCAGCAACCGGCCAAGCCGACCAAAGCCCCCAAAAAGACGGGAGCAAGCAAGACCACCCCUGCUGGAGGUAAAGAGAGGCCAUACCGCUGCUCAGAGUGCGGAAAAGCCUUCAAAGGUUCAUCAGGGCUAAAGUACCACAUGAGGGAUCACACUGGGGAAAGGCCCUACCGCUGCACUGAGUGUGGAAAGAGUUUCAAGAGGUCCUCUCUGCUUUCAAUCCACCAGAGGGUGCACACAGGUGUCCGGGCCUUCCAGUGCCCUCACUGUCCGCUCACUUUUAAAUGGAGCUCUCACUACCAGUACCACUUGCGGCAACACACAGGCGAGAGGCCGUACGUGUGUAAGGAGUGUGGCAAGUCCUUCAAAAACACCAGCUGCCUGCGUAGACAUAGUCAGAUGCACUCUGGACUGCGGCCUCAUAUCUGCUCCAUCUGCUCAAAGUCUUUCUCCCAGACGUCAAACCUCAAACAGCAUGAACGCACCCAUUCUGGUGAGAGACCUUUUCAGUGCACACAUUGCAAUAAAAGCUUUACACACUCCUCCAACCUCCAGCUCCACCUUCGCACACACUCCUCAAGCAAGGACUUCAAAUGCCCGUACUGCUCCAAGGAGUUUGUCAUGCACUCCUACCUGCAGCGGCACAUCCGCACCCAUGGCAAUGGCGUCCCCCUGCCCUGCCCCGGGGGUGGAGGUAAAGAUGGAGUGGCUGUGAAAGCCAGCGUUGGGGGAGUGACAACCACCACCACCCUGCUCAACCCCAUCACCCUGGAAACCUCAGGAAACCAAGGAAGUCUGAUUGUGUCCCAACCAGCACUUAAUAUCCCCCCGAACACCUCCCAGAACUACUUCAUGAUUCAGACAGCCAGCGGCCUGCAGCUCAUCCCUCUGUCGUCCCCGACACCAGCGCCUCCACCUCCUCCACCACCACCACCACCACCUCCGUCCCAGCCCCAAAACUUCUUCCUCCUACAGUGCCCCUCCAACAACGGCGGUCAAUCCAGCUUGAUUCUCGUCCCCACGGCAAACAACCCUCCACCAGCUCCGGAGCCUCAGACGCUCCCCGUUCUUCAGACUAUCCAAGCUCUCCAGCCCGUCCUGAACCAAACACAGAUAUCCCAGUUUCCGACCAUUUCACAGCACCAACAGCAGACCAGGUUCAUAAUAACCAACAACAAUAACAAUACUCCUGUUGCUAUGCCAACACGCAGUCUUUCAGCCAACUCCCUGCUGACCAAGCCCAUAUUAGGGAAAAGCACAAGGACUGCUCGGGGCAGACGUGGGCGCAAACCAAAAGCUGCUCUUCAGAAGUCUGCAGCGGCUCCUGUCACUCAGGCUGCAGGUGGAGCUCUGACUGUAACAAACUGUACGAACGUCUCACAGACUGUUACGACUGCUAACACGACAGAGUCCUCGCCAUCAUCGACGUCUUGCACUUCUGUCCAAAUUCUCCCAUCUUCCACCACUGUAGCCCCCACAGUGGACUCCUCAGGACCCCCGUCGACUGUUACACCAGCCACCACAGUAGCCGCAACUUCUCCCGUCUCUGCUCCAAUGGAAAGGAAACCCCAUACCACAAUGGGGCAAAUAAGGACAGAGGAGAGCAUGACGGGGAAACAGUUUGUGUUAUGUUUUGAUAAUGAAGGACGAGCAAAAGAGGGAAUUAAUAUCAACGAGGGCGGGCAGUCAUAUGUGUUACAAUUUGAAGGGGAAGCAUCGGGAGAGGCGGUGGAUGGAGGAAUGAGCAAGGAGGGAAAGUCGCUUGUGUUGCAGUUCAAGACAGAAGGUGAAGGAGCAAAGGGUGGAGAUAAGGGAGGGAUGAUGUCACUUUUGCAUGAAUGGGGUGGAGAAAAGCAAGGGGAGAGACAGACAGGAGAGGAGGGCAGCCAGGGGGAAUCUUAUGUCCUACAUUUCCACACUGAGGCGCAGGACAGCGGUACGUCCGGUGCAACCUUCAGCCAAGGACAGGACACCAGCCUGCAGCUUUCCUGCACUCCUACUCAAAGUUUGGUACCUCUUGAUGGACAGGAGGUGGUGUUUGAGCUCGGAGGUGAAACCAAAAUGGAGCAGGAAGCGGAGGAGGGCAUGCAGAUGAUAGCGCUGAUAGAAGGCGAAGGGGGGAUGAUGGGAGAAGAAGGGGAGGGUUGCAAUGCUGCAGAUGGGAGGGUUACUGAGGGUGGAGGAGCCAUGGAGGGCAUAUUUCAGCUUGGAAACGGAGAGGAAAUUGUGAUAAUUGAGGUGAGCACCAGUAGCUUACGAGACGGGAGAAUGGAGAGAGGAGGGGACGGAGAUAUAUCACAAAGCAGCGAGGCGAAAUAUGAGGGCGUAACAUCGGAGGGGAAUGAAAAGUCUGUAAAGGAACACAACUCUGCUGCAGAGGUACAGACAUCAGCUGAGGACACAAUAAGAAACGGACCUAUAACUAACUCUAAAGAGAUGCAGUUCUCUAAUUAAAACCCUGUGUGCAUGUUAGAGAAGAGGUGUGUGUGUGCGAGUGAAUGCCUCACUUUUGUGGGCUCAGUGUGUUAGCACUUUAGAGUUCUCCAGGAGCUGAGGGGGGACAUGCAGUUAGACGUGUUGUAAUCCCAUGGUGCCACAUACUAGAAAUGUUAUACAUUUAAAUAGGCUGUACAUGGACCUUGGAAUAUUCCUAAAUAUAAUAGUUUAAAUGAUACUGUCAUUGGCAGUUUGUUUAUUAAGUAAAUACAUUUUUUUUGUGAAUAAAUGUUGUACAUGGCCCAAUUUCUUCACAAUGUUAAUAGUAAAUAGUAAUUAAUUAUUAAUAAAUCUGUCAAUACCUUUCA